CCGUGAUUCGGAUUUGGAGUUAGGAGGCGAGACUCUAAUUUAAGGACGAGCCAAUCAGAAGCGUCUUAGCCGUUUCAAGGUCACGGAGCCAAGUUUAACACCUGAUGCUCACAUAUGAUCGGUUUACAGCGUAUUUUAGAGGUGUGAUUAUUUAGAGGCUACAAUGUAUAGGAUUGCUAAAACGUUCUUGUACGUGAGACUGCGGUUAUCAAAUGACCGCAGUAAAGUGUGCAAACCACCGUGGUGAGAUUAUAUUUUGUUGUCCUUCAUGUUGGAGGAGAAAGUCUGCUAGAAUGGGGACUUUCUUUGCUCGAUUGCUACUGAAACUGAAUCAGAUUAUGAUAAAAGUUGCAAAUUGGGUAAUAAACACACCAGUAACACCGGCUGCGGCGUUUGCAGUUGAUUAUGAAACUUCAGCAGUCCAGUGAUAUGAGUACUGCCGUGACAUAUGUGCAACUAAAAUAACACUUGUACAACAAUCAUUCGGAGGAGUAGGAUGUAUCGUGCAGACAGAUGAAACGGCAGUGAGGAAGCGAAAAUACAACAGGGGACGUAGUAUAAAGUAGGAUUGGGUAAGUAGCAUUUCCGUUAAUAUACUCGACAGGUACUUGGGAUUCAUGACUAUUUACACCGUAUGCAAUAUGAUUUCAAAACAUCUGGAACUUUACCAAACCUUGAUAAGCUUUUCAAUCAUGUAAAAGAAGUAAAUUCACUGUAAUCCAUUAGUUUCUUCUAAUAUAUUUCUACGUUAUACUAGCUGUCUUCUGAUUGGUUAUUAUUCUCAAGGUCACUUAGAAUUCGUUCAAAGGUCGUUCCUAAAUUAGAGUCUCGCUGUUUACGUACAGGAAAUUCGCUACUAUGACAAAACCUCACGUCACAGUUGUUGGCUCACUCAACGUUGACCUAUCUGUAUUCACGAGUAUUCUUCCAAAGCUAGGAGAGACAGUAACUGGUUCAAGUUUUCUUCUUGGUUACGGGGGAAAAGGAGCAAAUCAGUGUGUGGCUUCCAGAGUACUGGGAUGCAACACUGCACUAAUAGGAAAAGUUGGAGAUGACUACUUUGGUGAAAUGUUUAUUCAGCACUUAAAACAACUUGGAGUGAACACUGACGGUGUAUCAAGAUCAUCAAUGAAUAGUACUGGAGUUGCGUCGAUUACAGUUGAAACAGGAGCAGGUGGAAAUCAAAUUAUCAUCGUCCCAGGUGCAAAUAUGCUUGUAUCAGAAAAAGACAUUUCUCUUGCAGAGAAACUAACCCUCUUGGAUACAAAAGUAAUGAUUUGUCAGUUUGAAAUCAAUCCACUGGCAACACUCUAUAGUUUGAGGCUUGGUCGUGCUAAAGGUGCAAAGACAAUUUUAAAUCCUGCACCUGGGCCAGUGGCUUCUGAAGAUCCAGAGAAGUUGGGGAAUUACGAAUUAAUGGAAGAUAUUUUGUCAAGCUGUGAUUUUGUAUGUCCAAAUGAGUCUGAAUUUUGUUCUAUAACUGAGUCUGAUUCUGAAUCACUUUUUUCUAAAGAUGAGAUUGGCUCACUGAAUAUAGAUGCUUUUAUUCCUGGUCUUACCUAUUUGCUUAAAAAAAAGAUCAAAUACCCCAUAAUAACUCUAGGAAGUAAAGGAGUUAUUGCAAUUUUAUCUGAACAAGAUAUGGAGAAUGUAAAUGCCAAAGACGCUAGCGAAGUGGCUCGUAUUACCAUUGAAAACCAAGAAAAGUUGGUAGUGCACUUCUCAGCACCCAGUAAAAUUGAUGUAGUUGAUACAACAGGAGCAGGAGACUGUUUUGUUGGCUCACUAGCUUACUUCGUCGCAUGUCACGAGGACAUUACUCUAGCUGAACAAAUAAGACGAUCGGUUUGGGUUGCCAGCCAAUCAAUCCGUAAAAAAGGGACACAAUCUAGUUACUUGAAACGUGAUGAACUUCCUGAUACACUAUUUGCAUCAGAAACAUUCCAGUGGCCAUAGUGGCUAAAACCAAUAACUUUUUUUCAAUAUUUUUUGCUUUUUAAAAUGCUUGGUAUGUCCUAUAUCCCAACUUAAUUAAAGAAAUAUAAAAGAUAAUUUACACUGAAAUAAAAUAUUAUUCAGAAUCACUAUCACAAUCGA